AUGCGAGCGGGCAGCUUCCUUGAUACCCUCCUUUCCGAAUCACUAGCCAACAUGGAAGCUGUCCAGACUUUUGGUCGCAAGAAAACCGCCACUGCUGUUGCCCACUGCAAGCGUGGACGUGGUCUCAUCCGCGUCAACGGUUCUCCUCUUGAGCUCUUGGAGCCCGAGAUCUUGAAGUUCAAGGUUUACGAAGUCGUCCUUCUCCUUGGUGAGGAGCGUUUCGCCAACGUUGAUAUCCGUCUUCGUGUCAAGGGUGGUGGUGUUACCUCCCAAGUCUACGCUCUCCGUCAAGCUCUUGCUAAGGCCAUCGUUGCCUUCUACCAAAAGUUUGUUGAUGAAGCUUCCAAGAAGGAGAUCAAGGAGACCCUUGUCCAAUACGACCGUACCUUGCUCGUUGCUGAUCCCCGUCGUUGCGAGCCCAAGAAGUUCGCUGGUCCUGGUGCCCGUGCCCGUUACCAGAAGUCUUACCGUUAA